GGGAUCGUGUUUUACGAGAACUCCGGUCCUAAGUCAUUUCGGCUGGUGAAGAAUAGUAUUGUCCCCGUGGAUGGGAGGAGGUGGUUUAAGAUGAUCAGAAAACUCACAGAAAGUUUCAAACACAAGAAGUAGAAGAUGGCAGGAUGUGGUCCAGUGAGACAGGACUCAGGGGACGACGUCCUGGAGCCUGGUUUUAUCGUCGACAUGACAGCUCGCGUCAAGGAGGAGAACUGCCGCGAUUUCGAUCUCCCCAGCAAUGAUCCAUUCCUGCCGAAUCUACACCAAAUCGGGAAGUCCCUGGACGACAUUGCCAGUCACUUAACGCCCAAAGGUGGUGUGAGCUUUUACCCCCGGAACAUGAGAAGGAAUCCUUCUGAACUGGUAAAGAAUCUGUGCUCUCGGAUAGAGGAGAGCUAUGGCUCGGAUCAGCAGAGUUUGGUGUAUCUGGCUAACUCGCUCUCCGUCACCAUCAAUAUCCCCGUCCACAAGGUCCCUUGUGAGGUCGUCUGUGACGUAUGUAUCGUGUCACAAAGUGCACCUGUCGUCGUGGUGACGCUCGUCAAGCAAUAUCCUGAAGCCCUGAUGGAAUAUAAUCUCCUGAUUACCAAGGGGUUAGUGUCUCGGGUUCGUAACUUUACCGAUGAACACUUCAGUGCCCUGUACGGUGUUCUUCAGGAGAGUGACGUUGUGUCCGACGCCUCCUUCCAGGACGCCAUCGAGAGAAUCAAGUCCAGUUCCUCUUCUUUCUGUAUUCCUGACUCGCUGAGUAUGAACGAUGACAAAUUUCGGAACAUCCUGAAAGCCCUAGCUGCUUCAAUAGCUUUGUCCAAGGCAGUACAGGCGACCAAGUCGUCCUCAACAGAAGCUGUGGAUGAGGCAAACUUUGAGGACGAACAGGACCUUUGGUUUCUUACAAAGGAUCAGUUUGUGUUGCUAACGGAGAAUAUUGACACCUCUGGCAUGGUAGUGGUAUGGGCAUCCCAACAUACGGGUUCUAGCACGCUCCUGAUGGAGGUCGCGAGCAGACUCCAACAGAGUGGGAACACGUUAUUGGUGUCGGGGUCAGAGGUCGUAUGCAAAUCUGCAAGGAGCAACCAGGUAUGUCACCGGGUUUUGAGCAGUACAGACUUCCUGCAGCUGCAGGCAGAUACCGGCGGGGUGUUGGCCGACCUUGAGCACAUUGUUGCCGAGGAUGUCCCCGAGGCGAUGUUGCACGACGCCCGGAAGUGCCAUGUGUGGCUCUGUUUGAAGGUCAAAGAAAGUACAACUCCGAAAGUCAGCGCUCCGUUGCCGAGGGCACCUGUCUAUGUAUCAACGAACGGCGCCACCCCCUCCAGACCCGGGCCAGCUGCGACGGUGGCAGGAAAAGACCCCGUUCACAUCAUCACCAUCAACUUCGACCUCCCUGUCGACUCCAUGGACGCCUGGGUUUACGACUUCACCGUUGUCACGGCCAGCAACAAGAAGAUCAUUGUGGCCAUAGACAAACCGAACUGCAGGAUCAAAGGUUUCCGUAGAGAAGACGGGGAAAUACAAACCAGCUACCUGUCUAUGGACAAAGACACUACGGGGAUUACAAAUAUCGACGACAGGGUGGCACUCACUGUCCCCAAGUCUCGCCUCAUCCGGGUCAUCGAAGUCCUACCUGACCUUCACCCUCAUAGUAUCAUUCACACUCAGAGACGUUACUAUGACAUCGCGACUUUAGGCUUCCAGAAGAUGGCGGUGAGUGCCCCACUUGAUGGCCGGCCUUGUGUCGACAUCAUUGACUACAGCGGGAACAUUCUCAAAUCCAUUGCCACCGACACCGAGGGUCAGAAUUUAUUCAACCAUCCUCUCACCGUCCAGACCAUCUUCCCUAAUAAGAUUCUUGUUUAUGAUAAGCAGAACGGCGCCAUUGUUUGCGUGUCAGAACGAGGCCAGUUGUUGUUCAGAUAUAUUCAGGAGAAGAGACUUGAAAAUCCGUGUGGGAUGACUGUGACGCCGGCCGGCGACAUCCUCGUGGCCGACUCUAGACAACAACUUGUAGUCCAUCUGAGCGAAGAAGGGAAGUUCGUGAGGAACAUACUGACCCGCCGUGACAUUGUCUUCCCCUACCGCCUCUGUUGCGACGAUACGGGGGUGCUCUAUGCUGCUUCACAUUACAAGGAGGUCAGACUGUUCGAGUUUAAGUGAUUCGUUGCAACAACGAGACCUCCAUGAAACAAAUCAACAUGUAUGCGUUUAAGUGAUGUGUUGCAACAAGGAGACCUUCGCAGAACAUAUAAAAAAGUGUUUAAGUGAUGUUUUGCAACAAGGAGACCUCAGACUGUACUUUAAUGAACACUGCUGAUGAAAAGCAAGACAUACUUCAAGCAUCGUUCAUGUCAACAUCGCAGAUCUCCGCCCAGUUGUCACACCGUAAUACAUCUGUCGUUGUGUAUGAUAUUGUUAACCAGUCGUGUGAUCCCGGUUCAAGGCGGUUCAAGGUUUGUGGUAUAAUGUAUACGGUAUAGUGUUAUGAUAAGAUUACCUAUUGAUGCAAAGGUAAUAUGUAUUUAAUGUUCAGUCUCUGCACCCGAAACCGAAACUGAAAACCCUUUACGUGGACACACGAAACUGUGAAUCAUUUAUAAUACUUUAGUUGACAUUGUUGACGUCAAUCAUCAUUGAGAUAAUAGUCUAACUUUACUCGCUCUAUCGUUGUCAAUCACUGAGAUAAUUGUCUAACUUUACUAGCUCUAUCGUUGUCAAUCAUUGAGAUAAUAGUCUAACUUUACUAGCUCUAUCGUUGUCAAUCAUUGAGAUAAUAGUCUAACUUUACUCGCUCUAUCGUUGUCAAUCAUUGAGAUAAUAGUCUAACUUUACUAGCUCUAUCGUUGUCAAUCAUUGAGAUAAUAGUCUAACUUUACUCGCUCUAUCGUUGUCAAUCAUUGAGAUAAUAGUCUAACUUUACUAGCUCUAUCGUUGUCAAUCAUUGAGAUAAUAGUCUAACUUUACUAGCUCUAUCGUUGUCAAUCAUUGAGAUAAUAGUUUAACUUUACUAGCUCUAUCGUUGUCAAUCAUUGAGAUAAUAGUCUUACUUUACUAUCUCUA